GUAUGUAACGUGCAUAUCCAUUUGUACAGCUUAGCUUUCAAUACUCACGUGAUAAAUGGCGUAGAAGAAGAAACACGCUGCCUCUCUGCAAAGGAACAAACAGCUGCGCCGUGUUCACAGCUAUUCGGGGGUAAAUGUACAAGGCAGGAACACCAUGGUGAGCCUUUUCCAAAUUCACAAAAGGUUCAUGUAUUGGCCUCCAAAAAAUAAAAUAAAAACUAUAAAGUUCCCCUCAGGGAAGAAGAGCUUCAUUUUUAUCGGCAAAAGGGAUGAAGAUGGGAAGGACGAGCCGCUUCUGUGCUUUGUCGACAACCAAAACCAUAAGCUGACUUGGAUGAACGAAGAGGAGGUCCUGAAUUUGGAAAAGCUGAUGCCGCGACUAGACAGUUACUUCUCCCUCUACUUGGAAAAAGCCAAAAAGGUCAAAGAGCAGAAUGCAAUUCUUAAUGAAGAAAUGAACAGAUCCUUACAUGAUUAAAAAAAAAAAAAAAAAAAUUACAAAAUGAAAGUGUGAAAAUAGGGGAACACACCUUCGAAGCUUUUAGCAUUUACCACACACCCCACCAACGUUGCCUUUUUUUCGUUUCAUUCCGAAUGGGGGUUUCCCAUCAAAUGUACGUCCAAAUGUAAGUCAAAUUGGAGGGACGGCUCAAACUGCCCACCAUAAGUAUGCCUGAAAAUAUAUUUAAAUUAGCACCUGUUUUGUUUAAUGUA